AUGGCCAAAGUUAUUGACAAUGUGGUCCGAUUAACUUCAUCUUCCCCGGCCGCCAAAAGCCCCGACUCGGAUGUGUCUCCGGGCACGAAAGUGUCGUCGAUCCCCGCCGACUAUUUCUCGCCCGAGUCGCGCACCAACGGUGACUUCGGGCGCAAUGGAUUAUCCCGGCCGUUUGUGUCAGUAUCGACUGACGCCAGUACUAUCACCCUGGCCUCCAUCUCAGAGGAGGGCCAUCUCGAGAGCUCACGACAGUCCUCAAACGACAGCAGCCGCCCUUCUGUUGGACAUAGGAAGUCUUCAACAGCGUCUGUGACCUUCCAGCAGCCACGAAACCCGUCGCUUCCCCAAGGCCACCCGCGGAAAACAGAUAACCGCCGGUUGCGGGAGUCUUCGCCUUCGCCUGUGAGGCCGCAUGGGUCACUGGUCCUUGCGCCUCAUGUCGUUCCAGCUCGAUAUGCGUUUUGCGUGCGAGGCAAGUGCCAAACCGGCGCGGGCGGGAGAUAUUGGGAAAACAUGGAUGGCCGUCCCUCAACGCACCGCCGGAUACCAGUGCACUCCCAUCCUGGUCGCGCCGCACAUGGGAAGAGCAUGCAGCGUUUCUCCAUCUUCCCCGCAUGCGCCCGGCCCACACACGGGAGAGGCGCACCCGACCUGCGAGUCCAGAGCGGUUGCAUGAAGAAGAACGGAACGGAGGGGCCCCAUCGGCAUAUCACGGCGAUGCAGAGCGAGAGACGGGAAGCAUGGUUGAGUUUCUCACGCGAGCUCCAAGUGCAUCAUGGAAAGCAAGCCAAGCCAAGUCUCGCCGACAACCAAAGCUCCGAACUUUCGACCCCGCAACCCCACUAA